AUGGAAGGGAAGAAAAUCCUGACGGAGCACGAUGAAAGCGAUGAGAUUUUCUGUUACGCGAAAAUUACGGUUCGAGGUAAUUAAUAAGGGAGGAAAAUGUUUCGUUGGAAUCUGGGUCUUUGGAUAUUUUAUUGCUCUUUUGCUAGGUGUAAUUUGUCUUUUUUAACUCUGAAAAUAUCGACGAUUGAAGGGUAAAAUUCCCGUCAGAGACGUUAAAGUAAAAAAAAGAAAAAAGAUAGAAAAAUUUUAUAAUACAGUGCACUUUGAAAAAUGCAUUCUUCUACAUCUAUCUAAAAUUGGUCGUUUUGACCAUUUUGGUAAUUUUAGUGUUAAUCAUCGCUGAAGGAGUUGCAAUCACUCAAAAGUGAGAAUUUGUUAUCCAAGGGCUCAAGCAGAAUUUAUUUUCAUAAUUUAUUUUCAUAAGUAACAAACUUUCUGUUCUUCUUAUAAAUGAGCUUCGAAUAAUUCAAAUUCAAUUUUUCUCUUUGACAUUAAAUCUUUUUUUUUUUUUUAUAUUCGAGCAAUCAUUAGUUAAUAGUUGUACCAUCUACUGAUGUCAUUAUUUAAAAAUUUAUAAUAUAAUUUAUGUUUUUAUAAUACUACGGAUUAUUUUCAUAAAACCAGCACACACACUCUAUAUUUCCUUAUGUUAUGUUUCGUAAGUACUAACGCGUAGAUUAUUACAGCAUCAAUAUUGAGCAUUGAUUAGCUACGUGUAUUAUGUCGAAUGUUAACCGAGCCACGGAGUUUCUUAGAAAUACAAAAACGAAAAUGUAAAUAUUGCCUGUAGCCUCGAGGCAGACAGAAUCGAGCUAGUCCGAAUAUUUAUGCUCCUCAGUCGUACAGAAGUUAUCGAAAGCGUAACAUUCGCGUGUAGUACAGUUAGUUAGGUGCGUAUUAACAUUAUCGUGUUUCAACUCAUUCGCUUAUUAGUGAAUUAAUUUCUGGGGAGAAAGUUAAACCUAGCCGAAAUACACACGAUGUGAUUGAGAUUGAACGAAGAACGUUAUACUGCAACAAAAAAUGGCCAAAAUAGUUAACAAAAAUCAUAAAGUGAAAUCUCGAUAAUCAUGGAGGAAGAAAACAUUCUGGAUCACUAUCUCGUGUCAGAACAGCUCGGGAUAAACGUGCUAUAAUACAUUUCGGGAUUUCGAGACAAAUUGCAGAAAAAACUUACGACAAGUACGAUCUUUUAAAGGAUUACGAACAUCCUGAACGACAAGAAUUGCAACUAAAAACUUGGUCAGGCAAGAGAAUAAGCUGUGCUGUUUGCAAUUUUGCAGAGAAACGUGUUUACACGAAUGAAAAAUGGCGAAGAGUCGUAUUACUCGAUGAAGAGAGGUUCAAUUUAGAUGUAUCUGAUAAUCUUCUCUAUUGUCAUGAUUUGCGAAAAGGAGCAACAACUUUCGAGUCGUCGAUUUAUGGAAGACGGCGGUAUAGUGAUUGGGGAGGUAUUGGUUACUAAGGUAAGAUGGAAAUAAAAUUUAUUAGAGAAAAAUUGAAUAGUAGAAGAUAUAUUGAAAUGAUUGACGAACAAAUAAGUAUAUUUUUGUAUACACCGCGAAAACAGUAAAAAACGAUGCUUUGCAAACAAAAAAAAUUCAUGCUUUUAAAACGGCUAGCGGACUUGAAUAUUGUAGGGAAUUGUUAGGGAAAUUUGGGGAAGUAUAUCAGAAUGGAAGAUAAUUCGAAGAUAAUUCUAAGUAAUUAAUGAAUUUAAAAAGUAUAUUGUGGAAGAGUUGGAAGAAUUAAGAAAAAAAGUCAUUGAAAAAUAAUAUAAAUCUUUACUUCGAAGAAUGGUUGUCGUUAUUAAAUGCAAAGGAGAUCGAAUUAAGUAUUAAACAAUUAUCAAACAAAGUUUAA